AUGGCGUCCAAACAACAGAAUGAUCUGUCCGACUCGGAUGGCAGUAAUGAGUUUGAAUCAAAUAUGCAAGUGGAUCAAAAAACUUGUCAAGUAUCAGAAGCCCAGCUUACAUGUCUUUAUGAACGACUUACAGCAAAUAUUUAUGAUUACGAUGCUCAUGUUGGCAUAAUUGCUGCCAUGAAAGCUCUGGGUGAUCUAGAAGCAUUACGUCAAGCAAGACAGACUAUGGCAGACAUCUUUCCCCUUACAGAAACCAUGUGGAUUGAUUGGGUCAGCGAUGAAAUGCCUUUGGCUGCAAACAAGACGCUGAAGCUUGAAUUGAUUCAAACAUUCCAGCGGUCCGUUACAGACUACUUAUGCAAGUCAAUCCCGCUUUGGAAAAUGUAUUUAGACUAUGUGCUUGAAGAGUACAGCGAAUCACUUAAAGACGGAACAAAUUGGUUAUCAACUGAUCAGGUCCAAAAAAUAUGCUCUGCUGCACGUAAAGCAACAGAUCAUCAUUACACCAAGAUAGAUUCAAGUUUUGAAAAUGUGGAGAAAAUGCGUAAAAUGUUUUUGGAUCGUUUAAAACAGCCCCACCAAGAGAUUGAUAAAACACUCGAGUCAUACUCACCAUUCGAAUCACAAUAUAAUCAAAAAGAAUACUUUGAACGUCUUAAACUUGCAACCCAAAUUUGUAACAAAACCAAAAAGGAUCAAAAGUAUUGCGAGUCACUUGAAAGAAAACUGGAACAAAGUGAAUAUUCGCUAGACGCAUUUAAUGCAUAUCUGUCAUUUGAAAAGAAACAGGCAAAUGGGGGCAAUAUAAAGUUUAUUCAAACUUUAUAUGAGCGUGCGCUUUCUCUGCACUGUCUUGAUCCAACAUUAUGGAACUCGUAUCUAAUCUACAUGACAGUUUGGGAUAAACUACCGACUACUCUUGUUUCAAUUGCUGAAAGAGCUGUGCGAAACUGUAUGACAUCUGGACCUCUCUGGUGUCAUUUACUCCGUAUCAAAACUAUUGCUCGAAAACCAAGAUCUGAUGUUACUGAGGAUUACCAACGCGCAAUAAGGUUUUUAUCCAUGGCAGGCGAUUUUCAGCAAAUUUUAGCUGUGGCCAUGUGUCACUGCGAAGUAGAACUCAAAUGCAUUGCAUUUGAUGAUACAUAUACACCAGACACUGUUCGAGCUGUAUUCCAAGAAACUGCAAUGUAUUUGGAUGCGAUCACUAAUAUUGAUCCAUUGGCAAAAUUUCAGCGUUUUUGGGCCAAGGCGGAAGAGUAUUUUUUCAAAGAUGUUUCUACUGCACGAAACAUCUAUCAUAUAGUGGUAAAGCGUGUACCUUUUUUAACAGAGGCAUGGCUAGAGUUUGUGCAGUUUGAAAUUCGACACGAUAAUAUUUCCAAAGCAAGAUCUCUUUUAAAACAAGCUGCAUUGCAAAACACGAAUGCACCUGAGCAAAUUUAUGAGCAGUGGAUCGAGUUUGAGCGUAUUCGUGGUGGAUUGGAUACACUUUAUGAGGCGCUGGAUAAAAUCCAUGUUUUGCAGGCACGACUGGCUAAAGUGAGGGAUGCAAAAUCAACUGGCGUUGGCGAUCAAUACCAUGCUGCUGCAACCUGUUUGAUAGCAUCUCAAAAUCAACACGCAAUUUCAGCCGAUUCCGCUUCACCACUAUUGGUUGAAAAUACCAAGAAACGAUCUGUUGUUGAGAACGAAGCCGAGGCACAUUCCAAGCGUGCAAAAAUCGAAGAAGCUAUACACGAACCAUCCCAAGAACCACAUGCCGGAAAGCUUCCUGGUAGCUUAGCAGAAUACAAAGUCAUUAACAAUUCAAUGGCAGGAAAUAUGGUAUAUCUCUCAAAACUCUCUCAGAAUACAACCGAAUCAACUAUUUUGAAACAUUUUGGCGUGUAUGGCCAGGUUGAGGAUUUGUUUAUGCAGCCAAAUGAAGAAUCUGGAGAAUUGGAGGCUUUUGUCGAGUUUUCCAAAGCGGAGCUGGUCCGAAAAAUCGUCCUAGAUGGACCUAUUAGUAUCAAUGGGACCGUAGUUACACCUUGUCGAUGUCGACCUUCUCAAAUGGUAUGGGAUUUUAAGCAGCACGAGGAAAAAACCAAAAUAUAUGUGUCGAACCUAUCACCACAGAUGCAGAAGCGUCAAUUGCGACAUAUUUUUUCCGAGUUUGGCAAAAUUCGCGAGAUCCGAUUGCAAAAUCGCAAAACAAUGGCAUUUGCAUAUAUUGAUUUUGAAAAAGAAGAAGAUGCAAUAAAGAGUCUCAAAAUGAACCAAGCGGUUAUUGAAAAAACUGGCGAUCGCAAGAUAGGAGUAGCGAUUUCGGAUCCUACUAAAAAAAUGCAAAUUGAUCACAAGAAACUCUAUGUAUCCAAUCUUUCUCAUACCAUGACGGAGGAUGAUCUUCAGGAGCUAUUUAGCAAGUUUGGAGAAAUCAGUGCGUUGAGAGUGGUGCGUAUGCCCAAUGGCAAUUCGAAGGGUAUUGCAUUUGUCGAGUAUAAUCAAGAGGAUCAUGCAAAAGAAGCCAUGACGCUUAAUGGGACAAUGGUAGAUGGUCGACUGAUUGUAGUGUCAGUAUCAGAUCCCAAUCUACGCAAGGGUAAGUCGACUAUGGAAUCAGCGCGUACAGCAGGAAAGGAAAAAACACAAUUGAACGCUACUUCCUCAUCCACUGCAGCUACCAGCAAGGAUAUCAAGUCGGAUUCGUCAGUAAAGUUUACAGCAACUAAUUCCAUGGCAUUUACUCCACGUGCAGUGCGAGCACCAAAGAAGCGUGGUCGUUCAUCUAUUGUGAUCAAGGCUAAACCAGACGAUGCGUUUGCAGCUGGAACCGCACUCACCAACAAUGAAAAAAGACCAGCAAACAAGGAUAGUCACGAAUCAUCCAAAACACAAUGA